GCUGGACUGUGGGCGGGACGCUACCAACGGUUCUUGUAGAUCGCUGUGUGAGGAAGAGGGUCUUUGUCUUUAGCGACCCGAGUUCAGAGGGGCCGGGGCAGUCUGUCUCUCCACCUUGGUAAAUUCCGGAGUGAGGGCUGGAGGUGCGAAGAGUAAUCCGAACCGGGUGGUUUCGGUAGAGAUCUCAGGCUAGGUUGGAGGACAUCUGAGGGUGUGACUGAAGGUUCACAAGAUUUUUCUGGGGUGAUAGGGAGGGAGCUACUCUUAGGAUCCUUGCUAUGGCUUUCUUGCUUGGAAGGACUGGAGGGAUUAUACGAGGGAUUUGAUCCGAGGAAGCGUAGGAGGGGAGGUCCAGGAGUGAGGUCCUGCUUCUCUUGGCAGUGGAACCAGUUGAGGGACAGGCACUGAGUUCCUUUUUAUUUCUCAUGUUCUGUGCAUGAGAACUGAAGAGCUCAGUUGGCCAGGGAAAGCCUGUGCGGAAGCUUACCUGCAACUUGCAGCACUCUGGUUGUGUGAAGGAACCGCACUCCUCCUGUUGCCCCCAACCCGCAACCCCUCUUUGGUCCUCUUCCUCUCUGUCUUCUCUGUACUGCAGUCCUCUUUUCCACCGUUCCCAGGGGCUGGGGAAAGGAAUGUCUUUGCCCUCUCCAUGGCCUUUGAAACCAGAAGAAAUUUUUACUUUAACCAGAAAGCCUUGAUACCUUUAUUCACCAAGGAUCCAACAAGAACUCUUCCCCGCUUCUCCCAAAUUUUCUUUCUCUGUGAAUUUUUCCCUUGUACUCUCCAAAAGUUGGACCAGGAGUUCCCAGCUUUCUGCUGUCUCCAGUUGUCUUCUCCCUGUACUCAUGGCCACAUCAGCUACCAGCCCCAGUUCACCUCUCCGGGCAGAGGAUCUCCUGAGUGAGUCAUCAGAACCCCCUGGACUGAAUCAAGUGUCCUCUGAGGUGACCUCCCAGCUCUAUACUUCUUUGCACCUCAGCCGUCAGGCAGAGGCCACUGCUCGAGCUCAGCUGUAUUUAGCCUCCACCUCCUCACCUCCACAUGAGGCCUUAGAAGGCCUGGCCCAAGAGCUGAGUCGCAGCUUGUCAGUCGGAUUGGAGAACAACUUGAAGAAAAAGGAUGGUUUUAAGCAUAUUUUUGAAAUGGAAAGUGUGCGGGAUCAACUCCAGACCAUGCUCCAAACCUCACGUGAUGCAGCCUAUCGGGACCCCCUCACCACGGGUGCUGGCUUAGAGAAACGGGAAGAGGAGUCCUUUGACAGUGACAGCACAGCUACCUUACUCAACACCCAGCUCCUGCAAGAUUUAUCUCCACCCAGCUCAGCACAAGCUUUGGAGGAGUUGUUUCCCCGCUACACCAGUCUUCGGCCGGGGCUCCCAGUUAAUCCCCCAGAUUUUCAGGGGCUGAGAGAUGCAUUGGAUUCAGAGCAUACUCGCCGUAAGCAUUGUGAGCGCCACAUUCAAAGCCUGCAGACCCGAGUGCUAGAGCUACAGCAACAAUUAGCUGUGGCUGUGGCUGCCGACCGCAAGAAGGAUAUCAUGAUUGAACAACUGGACAAGACCCUGGCCCGAGUGGUGGAGGGCUGGAAUCGGCAUGAGGCUGAGCGGACGGAAGUGCUGCGGGGACUACAAGAGGAACGCCAGGCGGCAGAACUUACCAGAAGCAAGCAGCAGGAAACUGUAACCCGCCUAGAACAAAGCCUUUCAGAGGCCAUGGAAGCCCUAAAUCAGGAACAGGAAGGUGCCAGACUGCAGCAACGGGAAAGAGAGGCGCUGGAAGAAGAAAGGCAGGCUCUGACCCUGAGCUUGGAGGUUGAACAGCAGCGGAGUCGUGCUCUGCAGGAAGAGCGGGAUGAGGCUCGGGCUGGGCAACUCAGUGAGCAUCGGAAGCUGGAGACCCUUCAGGUUGCCCUGGAAAAAGAGCAGCAGGCCUGGGCCCAGCAAGAGCACCAGCUUAAGGAGCACUACCAGACACUGCAGGAGGAGAGCCAGGCUCAGCUGGAAAGGGAAAAGGGGAACAGCCAAAGGGAGGCCCAAGCAGCCCGGGAAGCCCAGCAGCAGUUGGCAUUGGUGCGGUCUGAGGUACGGCGGCUGGAAGGGGAACUGGACACAGCUCGGAGAGAGAGAGAUGCCCUGCAGCUGGAGAUGAGCUUAGUGCAGGCCCGAUUUGAAAGCCAGCGGAUCCAGAUGGAGUCAGAGCUGGCUGUGCAACUAGAGCAGCAGGUGACAGAGCGGCUGGCACAGGCUCAGGAGAGCAGCCUACGGCAAGCAGCCUCCCUAAGGGAACAUCACAGGAAGCAGCUGCAGGACCUUAAUGGGGAGCACCAGCAGGAACUGGCCACUCAGCUGGCUCAGUUUAAAGUGGAAAUGGCAGAACGAGAAGAACGGCAACAGCAGGUGGCUCAGGACUAUGAGAUCAGACUGGCACGGGAGCAAGCGCGAGUACGGGACCUACAGAGUGGAAACCAUCAGCUGGAGGAGCAGCGGGUGGAGCUGCUGGAACGGCUCCAGGCCAUGCUUCAGGCCCACUGGGAGGAGGUCAACCAGCUGCUUAGCACCACCCUCCCACUUCCUGACCCUCCGGUUCCUCCCACUGGGCCCUCCAGCUCUGAUCCCCCAGAGCUGGAGAAGGGGGAGAGAAAUAUCUGGACCAUGCCUCCUGUGGCUGUGGCACUGAAGCCCGUGUUGCAGCAGAGCCGGGAAGCCAGGGAUGGCAGGGAUGAGCUGCCCGGAGUGCCUCAUGCUGACUGCAGCCCCUCCCCAGACCUUAGCUUACUGCUGGGCCCCUCUUUUCAGAGCCAGCAUUCCUUCCAGCCCCUGGAGCCCAAACCAGAUCUUACUCCAUCAAUAGCUGAAGACUUCUCUGUACUCGGGGCCUUCCAUCCUGAUCACAGAGCAGAACGGCCGUUCCCUGACGCAGAUCUAGGGUCUGAGGGAGAUGGCUUCCUAAAGCAGGGGCUGCCACCUGCUUCUCAGCUGGAAGGCCUCAAGAAUUUUUUGCAGCAGCUGCUGGAGACAGUACCUCAGCACAACAAGAGUCCCUCUGUUGACCUGUUGCCUCCCAAGUGUGGUCCCCAGACCGUGCCAUCUUGGGAGGAAGCCUCUCAAGUGCCUCACCUUCCACCUCCUGUCCAUAAAACCAAAGUCCCUUUAGCCAUGGCAUCUAGUCGUUUCCGAGUUCAUGAGCUUCCCUCUUCAUAUUCGCAAGGCAGUGGUCCCCACACUGGCUCCCCAGAGAAAGGUGCAGAUGGGCUCAGCUCCUCGAGGCAGAUGAUGGAGGUGUCUCAGUUGUUACGACAGUACCAGGCUCGGGGCUGGGGGGCUCUGUCUGCUGAGGACCUGCUGCCCUACCUGAAGAGGCUGGAACACGGCAGAUCCCUUCCCAGGCUGUACCUCGCCGCCUUGCUACAGCUCCUAAAACUGAAAAACCUCCUGCUCGGAAGAAAAGCAGCCACCCUGCCCCUACCAACAUGAGGAGUCGGGGGGGAAUUUGGAAAUGAGCCCCUGGCCUUUCUCUGCUUUGUUCUCUCCUGGUGGUUAUUUAAUAAAUGCUUAGUAAUCUUUAUUAGAGUCUCUGACUCAGAGCAAUUUGGAAAAUGGAGAUUUUUGCAGGAAAUUACUUUGUAAAGAAACCUCUUUCUAUUUGAGUAUGUGUUUUAUACAUUGUUUAUGUGUUAUUUCCUAUGGGAAAAGACAGUAUUUUGGUAUUUUGAAAGAAGACAGUGUGACUAGACUUUAGAAGUUUGAGUGAGCUAAUGUUCUGUGUUUAAAGAGUAAGCCAUACUGAUUGGUACUGGGAUUAUGGGUGGUUAUUUAUUUUGUAUGCAUUU